UAGUCGUUCAGUGAGGAUGCGGCAUAGUGUACAGUACAUGUACAUUGUACAUGUACAUCAGUGUACUGUACGUGUACAUGUACAGUACGUGGACAGGUCUCCUCUGUUAUUAUUGUACACGGCGAUCCCUCUCGAGCUGCUCACUUUACUGCGCCCAUCGUCUGGCGGGCCCAGCGCGCAGGUUUGCCUUACAUUACUUGCGGGUGGUUUGCGGGGGAUAGGACUCCGAGGUUUCGCUCCUGCGUAAUGCCCGCCCAAGGUCUGUGUAUUUCUACAAACUAGCGCGGCAAUUAUCUAGGUGCGCCCGAUCCCACAGCGCACUUUUGUGGGUCGUGUACGCACUGCCGGGGCAAUCCCAUCCCAGCGCCUCCUCAGAUCACCAGAGAGGUGAGAUUUCGUGGAGCAACUGCGUGAUAUAUCCUUGGAGGGAAAGUUGAUUCCGCUGGCUCGAAGACGCACCUAUACGGUACGGACGAGAUCGUUGGACAGAUUUUGCAGAGCGGAGCUGCCAACUUGAAAGCUCAGGAAACAUUUUACAGAUUCAAGAUGGCGUACGUGUAUUCCAACGCCCUCAACGUCAGCAUUGCCCUGAUCGUCUUCGGUCUGAUUCAGAUCGGUAUGUUCGUCAGUUGUCUGUUUGGCUGCUUUGCAGCUUUUCCCAUGGACUUUGCUUCGCCCGCCUGGAGCGGUGGCCUGUCAGUGUUCGCGGGACUGUUUGGAAUAUUCAUGAUCUGCUCCUACAAGGAGAUUAAGUGGGGCAAAUUGUUCUUCUUUCUGAGCAUUGUCGCCAUGGUGACCAGCCUAGCCUGUAUCAUCAUCACUGCUGGCCACACCAUGGUGAAUGAGUACGCCCUGGCCGACGCUGAAGCCAGGGAAGGCUACGAGCCGGGGUCACGUGGUACCUUCAUCGCCACGGGAUUGGCCAUCAAUGGUGCCAUACUGGUCUUCGGACUGAUCCUGCUGAUCUGUUCGUGCUACGCCACCUGGCUGAACUGCUGCUGUGACAACAGACCCUCCAAGGGAUACGUCAUGACUCUGGACACGGUUCAAACAGAAAAUGCCUACGUCACCCUGACUGUGCCAGCGGAGCCCAGGGCCCAGUAAAAACCACGCGUGCGUGAUGACCCGUGGAGGUUAAAUUUGCCUGGACAUCAAAAGUUCAAGCGUAGUAUAUGAACUGCCUCCUUUACUCCUUAAGUGUGGACCUUUUACCAAAUACUAAUCCGGUGCCUUACAAGCCGUGGCUUUGAAAUAAAGGCAUUUUUCUACAUUUCAAUUUUCGACCUGUCUUUUAGACAAUUUACAAUUAUACAGUCUGGACAAGCUGUUUUUUUUACCUGUAUGGUGCGCUUUGUAGGGGUCAGAGAGCCAAAAAAAGCGAAGGAUAGACUACGUCCUCAGCAUGUUGUACAUUUUUGUUCAAUGAGACAAUCGGGAUCGUUGGUUUGUUGCACUGUCGUGGUAUUUUGUCAAGUUUUAACUUGAAUAUAAUUAUUGUGUAAUGUUACAUUUGUUGCUACCGUAGACAGCCCCAAAGUUUAGGUGGAUAGUUUUGGUCGCCAAUUUCUCAGUCUCCUAAAUGUAGAGAUUUGUAAGUACUUAGUGUAGACAGGAAACCAAACAUUUAUUUUGUUUGAUAUUUUUAGAUGAUAUGUAUAUGUAAUUCACACCGACAUGACAAAGGUAGUGGAUGCGAUAUACGUGUACAUAUAAACCGUAGAGUUUGAAAGUUGAGACGCAUUUUUCUUCCCCCUUUUUGAUAUUAACAGUAAAACCGUACACCUUUAUACGAGUA